GGACCCAAAGGUUCAAUAAAUUCUUCCCACAUCAGUUCCAUUCCACAUUUAUCACAAGGACGCAAAAAUAUUGAAUUCCACAGUUUACCCUCCUCAAUCCCAUAAUUAAAUUGUGCUUUGUGUGUUCUGAUAGAAUAACCGCAGUUUUCCGUACAACGCCACUUCACGCAGUUGCUGUGGAGUAAGACCGAACAAUUCGACUCAGCAACCGAAUCUGGUUAACAUAAUACACACCCCUGCCGCUAGUUUACGAGUAACUAGCGACCCGUUCACCGAUGUGUUGUCGUAACGCCGGCAGAGCGCGUGUGAGAGCGAAGGGAUAGAAGGAGGGGAAGGAGAUGGUCUAAUCGGUUUAAUCCGCUUUAAUCCGUAUUGUCCGACAGCGUUCGACAGUUCGUUAGUGCCCCACACUAGGCUGAUUAUCGGUUAUUAUUAAUUUACUCUGUGCAGGAGGUUAUAAUUAUUGACAUUCAUAUUUUAUCAUUCGAUUGUCGACUUGUCUGAAUGGCAUGCACGAUCUUUCCUUCUUUGCAAUGUGUGAGAUGUUGGUUAGGACAUAUAGAAUUUAUUUCACUCUCUCUCCUAUUAUUAACAGUGAUAGCCUUAUAAUAUAUAAUGGCUGAAUAUAAUGUAAAAGCAGAUACAGAGUAUUCUAAUUCGUCCAAUACGUCAUCGACGUCUGAAGCCAUUUCCAGAAACGUUCAAAAUGUUGGCCCAUUUACUUUCGUUGAAGUAAAGUGUGAAAUUGAGGAAAAUGAAGAAUACUGUUCAGCUGCUAAUUGGGAGCAUUUCCUUUGUCGUUCCUCAGUGAAAGGAAACAAGGAUGAACAUGAUGAUUGCACUGAUGAAAAGAAUCAAAGGAUUAACGAAACCCACGAAGUUCACAUGAACAUAGCGCCUGUUAAGGGAUCUGUUAGGUCAUGUUCAUUUACAAAUUAUGGGGACAGGCCAUAUGUGUGUGGUGUUUGCGGCAAAGGUUUUGGUUAUGCUUGCAGUCUCAGGGUGCACAACAAGAUACACACCGGAGAGAAACUUCACCUGUGUCAACUUUGUGGGAAAAGAUUCGUUACAAGUAGUGAGCUCAAGAAACAUGGGCUUUCUCAUACAGGAGUUAAGCCACAUGUAUGUAAAAUGUGUGGAAAGGGAUACAUUCAAUGUGGAGAUUUACGAAGGCACUUACGGACUCAUACAGGUGAAAAACCUUUCUCAUGUACAUAUUGUGGUAAGGGGUUUACAGAUAAUUCAAAUUUAAAGCAACAUUUGGUCAUACAUACAGGAGAGAAGCCAUACAAAUGUGAUGAGUGUGGGAAAUGUUUCGGCAAUUCCGGAAAUCUUAAAACUCAUAAUCUGACACACACUGGUGAAAAACCUCACAAAUGUAAAAGUUGUGGCAUUGGCUUUAGUACCCGUGGCAAUUUAAAAGCCCAUUUACUGACACAUUCUGAAAAGAAGCCAUUCGUGUGUGGCGUGUGUGGGGAAGGGUUUUGCAGAAAUUCUCAGUUGAAAACGCACACAUCUAGACAUAUUGGUGAGAAACCUUAUACAUGUGAUAUCUGUAGUAAAUGUUUUUUUACAAAGGGCAAUUUGAGAACACAUUAUAUAACUCAUACUGGUCAGCAACACCCAUUUACAUGUUCUGUUUGUAAUAAAGGAUUCACGUAUAGAGGAAAUUUGAAGCAGCAUAUUGAGACACAUUCAGCAGAAAAGCAGCAGAUCUGUAAUGAAUGUGGUAAAAGUUUCAGUAGUAGUACAUGGUUCAAGAAACAUAUUCUGUCCCACUCUGCAAAGAACAACAUUGCCAACAGUGCAUGAACCCAGACACUGAAUAUAGAAGCAAUAAAGUGAAUUGUUCGAGUUUUAUGGGCCCUCAUAAAUACGAUGUUGUGGGGGUGAAGGUCCGCAGAAAUUACUGUGAAUUUAAGUGGAAUAUUUUCUUGGAAUUAUGUAAAAUGUGUUUGUUAUUGUUUAUUCAAACUGAAUACUGUUUUAUCAUCCUUUCAUACAGUUAACUGUUUGUAAAUAUCUCACAUCAGAUAGUCAUAUAAGAGUUGACUCCAUUUGAAUAUCAAGGUAUAUACUGUUUAUUUUAAAAUGAAAUAAUUGCUGUUCAUUUAAUCUAUAAUUAACGCACAUCAUUCCUGUGGCAGCCAUUGGUACCACUGUUCUUAGUAGUGUUCUUAGCUACUUUGUCCAUCCAUGAUACUUGUUUUAAUUCCAGCAGAAAUUGUUAUUCACUGAAUUGACAAAAUGUUCCGUGGAAGUUAUCCACAAAUGGAACAUGAAAUGAGUUACAAAUGCCCUUUACUUACUUACUUAUGGAGCUGAGCCCUUCUUGAGAAGCCGCCAAUUGUGCAGCCACUCAAG